AUGUCCAUUGCGAACCGGCAUUCCCGAUUGCGGCGGAUGUUGCAGACCACAAACCUGUGCCGAUGGACAUCGGAAGAGGAAUGCAAGCCAAAUAUCCUUGUGAACAUCCCAGACCAAGACCUUCUCAGUCAAGUGUCACCUACCCUUUGUGUGCUGCAAAAAACCAUUGAGGAGUGUGAAGCGUUAGACCAAGCUUGUCGGUGGAAUGGCGGUGACAAAGGAACAUGCAGGGCCAAAACGCUAGACCACCUUGAAGAUUGCCUGGAUCGAGAAUACUUCAUGUUCACCAAAGGAUUGCGGUGCCGAGAAGACUAUCCAGAUUUCGAUGAUUGUGUUGCUGAGGAGGCCUGCGUAUGGGACGCGGAGCUGGGAGUGUGCGCACAGAAUCCAAGCAUUGUGGACGAGAUUCUGGACAACGAGGACAGUGUAGUCUUUGAGGACCUGCAGACCUUGCUUCGAUGCUCAGGGUCUACUCGCCGGUCAGCAUGCAUAGGCAAGUGUGUGUACAUAGAAGAAGAAGGCAGGUGCAGCUUCCCACCCUUCUUUGACGAGUCCAGGUUCUUUGAUGCCGACAAGGCGAGCGACAUCUGCCAAUUCUUCCUGGACGUCAAGGAAUGCACAGCAAGUGAGGACUGCGAUGACCCCAAAUGUCAGAGAUCCGGGGAAGAUUGCUUCGCUAGUGACGAAACGCUCAUUGACCACCUGUAUGACCAAGACUCAACGCUGCAGGACCAGCUGAAGGCAGCCGCUCGUGAAUGUCCAGGCAUCACAACAGAGGAUGAGUGCACUGCCUUCGCGGGGUGA